AUUGUUUUUUUUUUUUUUUUUACUAUAUUACACGGUUGUUGAUCUCUAAUAUCUACUUGUUUAUUUCUUCUUGCCCUUAGCGGCGGCCACCUUCUUGGGUGUACCACCACUAGCAACCACCUUCUUCAUGGCAGCUGAAACUUGUUCAUCACUUUCGAUCCAAGAGAUGUCACCCAAAUCCAAGUCACCAAAACGCUUUUGGAACUUGGUGAGUUGUUCGCUUUCAUCAGUUACACCUUCCUUCAACAUUGCAGGGUUCCAAAGUGGGUGAUUGCGUGUAUCUUUAGUCAAACGGAUCUGAUUACGAGUAGGUGAAGUUGUUCUGACUGUAUAAGUGGCACCAUUACUGAGAACAACAGUUUGGAGAAACUUUUCGGGUUUUUUGUAUGUUGUUGUAGAAGCAGAACGAGUCUGGAUCCAUAAGCGAGCAGUGGAAGAGCGCAACAUGAUGGAGAGAAAUAGAAAAAGAAAAAAAAAGUGUCCCUUGUUUAAUAGGCAACCUGGCUUCAAAAUAAGCAAGUCACUGCUUUUACUAUUUUUUUGUUCAACUGUCAAAGCAAACCUGCUUUACGUUGCUUCUAUCAUGUUCAGACAUAAUGUGAUAAUAAAAGACUUGUUUAUUCAGAGAACUCGUUUUUACUCUACAAAAACUAGUUUGACUCAAGGUAUUGAGCCUAUCAAGUCUUUUAGUGAUAAAGACGGUGUGACAGAAGUCUAUAUUGUUCGAAGAUCUAAGCUAGGCAAACACAAGUCCAGAAAGACACCUUCUCUUUCUCAAAGACUGAAGAAUAUUGUGUCUGAAGGCGAAUGGAAAGAAGUACCAAAGAAUUUGGUCUAUAAACGUGUUGAACCACCCGCUAAGACACAAGUGCCUACGCUUGCUCAUGGGUUAGAGAAAAUCUUGUUCAAUCCUGGUGUUCAUUAUCUAAAGGAUCCUCGAACAAAAUACUUCAAUUUCACACCAUAUUUAGAGAAUAUCACACAACCAUUUGAAUUUGACUAUGAUGCACUUCAGUCCUAUAUCACUUCUUCUAAAGACAAGAGUCUAAGAAAAAUGGCUCGAGACAUGAACAAAACUUAUGUUGGUUCUACUUCUUCUGUAUCUGCAGUAUUAUCUCAUUUUUACUUUGCUAUGUCCAACUUCAAACCUGUUGAUACCUCCUGUCUAUCCAGUUCAUUUAAAGAUGAACCCAAACAAUUUACCCGAGGAACCCGUGUACCUGCAUCGAUUUAUUUGAGAUGGAAAGAAGGUGUUUAUGCUAUUGAUGUUGACAAGUCUUAUGAUGUGGAUGAGUCCGUAUUGUCUGUUAUGGGUAAAUCUCUGGAGAAAGUAUUGACACUUGAACCACAAUCAUUUGAGAAGUAUCUUAAAGAGAAUUCUUCCCAACUUACAGAAGAAGAGAGAAAUCAACCUGAAUCUUAUGCUUAUGGGCAGAUGGGUAAAUUCUUGUUACGAUCACAACUUGAUUGUUAUGAUUCUCGUUUACCGAGAGGUACAUUUGAUUUAAAGACAAGGGCUGCAAUGCCAGUUCGAUUGGAUCUUGCCAACUACAAGGACUAUUUAGGUUAUAGUUUAAAACGCUCGCAUGGUCUAUAUGGUUCGUUUGAGCGAGAAUAUUAUGAUAUGAUUCGAUCAGCUUUCCUUAAAUAUAGUUUCCAAGUACGUAUUGGCCAUAUGGACGGUAUUUUAGUAGCGUAUCAUAACACUCGCAAAAUAUUUGGUUUCCAAUACAUCUCUCGAGAAGAAAUGGACUCUCGCUUGUUCGGUUCAUCCAAAUUAGGCGAUCAAGUGUUUCGAAAUGCAUUAGUCAUGUUUGAAUCUGUGUUGGACAAAGCUACGCAAAAAUAUCCUCAACAAACACUUCGACUCUCAUUUGAGACAAGGCCAGGGGAAUCAGGCAGUUCUAUGUUGAUAUAUGCUGAAGCUGUGCCUGAAGAAGAAGAGGAAGAAACAGAAUCUUAUGUGAACGAUGAAUUCUUCCAGACAAAUGACGCACAAAAGUUUGACUAUAAUCCUUAUGAAAAAUUAAGUCUAUUUCAACUCAAGUCUCAAUCAUUAGUCAAUGGUCGAUUAGUUCAAGGUCCAUUGACAAUUGAAAAUCCAGCCAGAGAUAAAUGGAUAGUCCGUACACAACUGAAUGAAAUAGAACAAGAUGAAGAUGAAAAGAAACGAACAAUGUUUAGAUCCAUGCGUAAAAAACAAGCUAUGCUUUAUUCACCUCGAAACAAGAGUCCUAUCCUCAAGAUGUUUAAACGUAUGAGUGAACAAGGUUUACGUGAAGAAGAAUUAGAAAACAAAGCUUGAUCGGAAUUUUAUUUUUAUUAUCAUUGAA